AGCAUUUCCAGCUCAGCUUCCUCACGCCCCAAGACGUGCUUUGGCACGGCUCGCUUUUCAUCCAGCCAUGGGCAUCUCGGAAGUCACCGUGGGCGACAUGAUCCCCUCGAAGCCAGAGAAGCGAUGCUGCGCGAUGUGCGGCUGCAUUUCCUUCCUGAUCAUCUUCAUCCUGUUCCUCACGUCCUUUCAGCAGGUGAAUCGCUUGAACGCCGGCUUGCUGCGCAACGGCUUCACCGGGGAGGUGAACUUGGAACGCUCGUACCUGCCGGGCCGCUACUUCGUGGGCUUCUGGAACGAAUUCAUGCAUUUCCCCACCACGCUCAACACCAUCGAGUUCGCAGAUGAGGCAGUGGAGGAGGGUGUGCAGCAGCUGGGCAAGCUCCGGUCUCGUGACAAGGACGGCAAGCAGAUUUGGUUGGACGUGUCCGUGCAGUACCGCAUCUAUCCGAAUGAGCUGCCGCAGAUCUAUAGGGAGAUGACGAAGCUCUACGAAGACGUGUACAUCUCGGAGCUGCGGGGUGCCCUGCAGCGGAUCACCAACGAGUUCACCGUCGACGAGGCAUGGAAAGACUACUCCGCUGUGAACCAAAAGAUGCUGGACGAGUGCAAGACUGUCCUGCUACCCCGCCAUGCCGAGUGCUGGGGACUUCAGCUCUGGGGAGUGCGUUUGCAAACGGAGUACGAGAAUCAGCUGGUGCGCACACAAGUGCGGAAGCAGGCGGAGGAGACCGCAUUGGCGACGCAGACUCAAACCGAGUACCGCCAGAAGACUGAAGUCAUCCUGGCGGAGUACGUUGCCAACGUGACGGUGAUCAACCAGAAGGGCCAAGCAGACAAGCAACGCAUCGAACGGGACGCCCUCAGUGCAGCCCAAUCCGCCUUGGUGGGAGCGCAGGGCGAUGUGCUGAAGAUCGUCUUCGACACCGUGAAGCUCAACGCCACAGACACCACCACCGAGAAGCUCAUGAGCGGCUCAGAGCUGGUGAAGUACCAAAAUAUCCUGAUGCUCAAGGAGAAGAAAUCCUCGAAUUUCCACAUCAAGCCUGCGCUCUAAGCGCCUCAAGGUGUCGUCGCCCGGCUGAGUCUGAGCCUGCCCGUGAUAGCACCACGCACUCUGCUUUUUGCAGUCUCGGACCGCACUUUGGAUGGCACGAGUCUGCCAGCACUGACCGAUUCCGGACAGUCGUUUGCCCUGAAAAUUGGCCCACAGGGCA